UAAUGUAGUCUGGAUAAAGUUGUGGCACAGUGUUUUGAUGGCGCAGCAGUCAUGGCAUCUGGACUCAAUGGGGUGCAGGCUAAAGUUAAGGAGAGGGCACCGAUGGCCUUAUUCAUUCACUGCUAUGCACAUCGACUAAAUUUAGUACUGACUCAAGGAGCCUCAAAGCUUAAAGAAUGCAAGGUCUUCUUUGCCAACCUCAAUGGCCUUGCAGCAUUUUUCUCACGAUCCCCUAAGCGCACGCAACUGCUGGAUGACAUCUGCAAGCGUCGUCUUCCUAAGGUUGCACCAACGAGGUGGCAAUAUACAUCUAGAUUGGUCAAUGCAGUCUUUGAAAAGAGAGUUGCCCUAAAGGAGCUGUUUAACCACUUACUGGAACAUCAUGAUGACCAUGACGGGGAUACUGUGCUUAUGGCUGAUGGAUUUACUGGAACAUCAUGGUGACCAUGACAGGGAUACUGUGCUUAUGGCUGAUGGAUUUAAUGCACGUUUGGAUAAUUUUGAGUUAUGUUUUUUGCUUGAAACAUUCAAUGGGAUUUUUAAUUAUUCGGAUGUGCUUUUUGGAAUUCUACAGAAACAAACUUUUGAUGUACAAUUCUGCCUGACAAGGGUGAACGAGUUUUGUGACACAAUUGAGCGAGAGAGGUGCAGGUUCAGUCAAAUCUACGAUGACACAGCGUGCAUCUCAAGUUCACCCAGCGCACGCAGAGGCCCAGCACAAGGAGACCCUCGCACAUACUACCAACAACUCCACAGCAAUAUUCUGGACAACAUUAAUUGCCAGAUACGAAACAGGUUUCAAGACGACGAAAAAUGUAUGUUUCUCUCCCUCCUGGACCCCCGGCACUUUCAGACCUACCGGAAAAAAUUCCCGCAAACAGCCUUCUCCAGCUUAACAGAGAGUCACGGAACACUGUUCGACCUAUCCAAGCUAAAAACAGAACUGACUGUAAUGUAUGCUAUGACUGAUUUUGAAGGGAAAAGUCCCUCUGAUCUCCUUGAUUUCCUUAAGCAGAAAAAUCUGAAUGAGGACAUGGGGCAACUUUACACAUUGGCAUGUGUGACAGUGACUAUCCCUGUGUCCACGGCUUCUGUCGAGCGGUCAUUCUCGGCCUUAAAGCGAAUCAAAACGUAUUCCAGAAAUGCUACUGGACAGACUCGGCUUUCAGCAUUAGCCUCCAUGUCGAUAGAAAAGGACUUAUUGGUGGAACUAAAACGCACAGAUAGACUGUACAACAGAGUCAUUGAAGUCUUCUUGAGGAAAGAAAGGAGGAAGGAUUUUGUGUUCAAAUAAUCAGUCUUUGUGAAUAGUUAUGUGUCUUUAUCAUCACGGUGAAACUGCUUUGGGUGCGACAAUGCGCUGUUUAGUGAACACACUGUAUUUAUUUUUUGGGGGACUUAAAGCUCAAAGUUUGUGGACCAGAAAUGGAUAGAAGAAGAAUAUUAAUAUAACUCUGUUGCACUCGACUAUGUUCUUGCCUAUUAGUUGAACUGUACUGUAUUGUACUCUUCCCCUGCAAUUCUCUGAAUAAAAAUGUCAAUUUCAAGGUGA